AUGGUGCAGGCGGGAGGGGUUCCCUCUCCUGGGGCUGCCCCGGACCAGCCCUGCGCGUUCAAGCUGGUCCUCUUGGGAAGUGGGUCCGUGGGCAAGUCCAGCUUGGCCCUCCGGUAUGUGAAGAAUGAUUUCAAGAGCAUCCUGCCCACCGUGGGAUGUGCGUUCUUCACGACGGUGGUGGAUUUGGGCGCCGUGUCUCUGAAGUUGGAGAUCUGGGACACGGCUGGCCAGGAGAAGUACCACAGCAUCUGCCACCCGUGCUUUAGGGGUGCCAACGCUGCGCUUCUGGUAUACGACGUCACCAGGAGGGAUUCCUUCUGCAAGGCUCAGCAGAGGCUAAAGGACCUGGAGAGGGAGUCCCCCCCAGGGGAGGAGGUGGUGAUGCUGGUCGGGAACAAGAUGGACCUUGGCGAGCAGCGGGAAGUGACAUUCCAGGAAGGGAAAGAGUUGGCAGAGAGCAAGACACUGUUCAUGGAGGCCUCGGCCAAACUAAACCACCAGGUGACCGAGGUCUUCAGCGCCGUAGCCCGGGAGCUCCUGCAGCGAGAAGAGGGGCCGCGCGGGGAUGCAGGGCUGCCUCUGAACGGGGCACCUACCCGGCAGGGCAGAUGCUGUGCCCACUAGCAGCGGCCGUGCCCGGAGGGGUCUGGGGAGGACACCCCCCUGCCCACCCCAGGUCGGGCUGCUCCUCGGGGAGGAGCCGCUGCCUCCAUCCACGGAGCUGAUUCACCGUCCGGGAAGCUUGCUCCCCGAGUCCUAGAGGUUCUGGGAGCUCCCUGAGCGUUCCCACUUCCCAAAGCCGGCGGGAAUCAUUCAGGAGAGGAUCCCGGGCCAAAGGGCUUCCAGGAGUGAUACAGGAAAUGUUCAUGUUUUAGUGUUUCUGGGCCCUGCUCCUGGGGAAGCUGCAGUUUAAUAUCUACCGAGGUCAAAAUGACUCGGUAAAACCUGUUCAAGGCACGGGCGCCAUUUCUGCCCCAAGCACGCAUUGUACACCGGCUUUAGUAAAGAAAAAAAAAAACAACCCAACAAGGAGCAUCCCAAACAUAAAGACAAGAAAAAGAAAACACCUCCCUGGUUCCUGUAACGUUAAAGUCAUAUAACCUGGCACACACUAAAAACACAAGAUAAAAAUCUGUAACUUUCUGGAAUGUC